CAUGACCAUGGGCUCGAGAGGUGGGGUCUCUUCCAAGAGCAGAGAGUCUCUCUGUCCUCAGCUCUUCUACUGUGUUUCUCAUAUCAACAUUGAAGCGCGAGAGGAAGCUCAACAGCCCGCAUGCAGCAGACGCUUGACUUCAAUCAUUUUUGCUCACUGACUCUAUUACUUGUAGAUUUGGUUGAAAACUGGAUCAUUAUCUUAUAUCAAACAUAAAUGGGGUCAUGCAAAACUUCUUUGAAUGCGGCAUCUUCAGUUCGAGGCUCUUUUAAGACUUUUCCCUGGAGAAUAUGAACAUGACAAGGUGGGAAGUGUGAUUUGCUGGCAUUAUAAUGUCAAGUUUGCCAUCGUCUUAGACUGCGAAGGAUGAACCGAAUGGGUUCCUUUACAUAGAGCCUAUAAUAUCCAUUUAUGCACUAGAAAAAAAAAACAAGAUUUUACAGCAAAAAUGGAACCAUUUACAUUGCAUGAUAUGCUCAUAAACUCAACUAAUCUUUAUAAGAUAUUGUGUGACUUUGGAAUCAAGAAUGUCUCAGAGUGUGAAGAUGAAAGCGAGACCCCUCCGGAACCGAAAGAUUUGAAUCAGACGGUACGCAUCUUCCUCUAUAGCCUCAUCUUCCUGGUCAGCGUUCUGGGUAACAGCCUGAUCAUCGCCGUGCUGGUGAGGAACCGCCGCAUGCGCACCGUCACCAACCUGUUCCUGCUCUCCCUGGCCGCCAGCGACCUGAUGCUCUGCCUUUUCUGCAUGCCCUUCACCCUCAUCCCCAACCUCAUGAGGGACUUUGUGUUUGGCUCGGGCAUCUGCAAGGUGGCCAUGUACUUCAUGGGGAUCUCGGUGAGCGUCUCGACCUUCAACCUGGUGGCCAUUUCCCUGGAGCGCUACAGUGCCAUCUGCAACCCCCUGACCUCCCGGACCUGGCAAACCAAGUCCCACGCUGCCAAGGUCAUCUCUGCCACCUGGGUGGUGAGCUUCCUGUUCAUGCUGCCCUACCCCAUCUCCAGCACCCUGGUACCCUUCACCCGGGUCAACAACAGCACGGGCAACAUGUGCCGCCUGGUAUGGCCCAGUGAUGUCAUCCAGCAGUCCUGGUAUGUAUCCCUGCUGCUGCUGCUCUUCCUGGUUCCUGGGAUCAUGAUGAUGACAGCCUAUGGCCUCAUCUCCCUGGAGCUCUACAGGGGCAUCAAGUUUGAGAUGGCCAACAGGAAGUCCAGCAGAGAGAGACAGUGCAGCACCGGCAGCAUCAAACGCGGGGACAAUGACGGCUGCUACCUCCAGCCCGCCAAGAAGAAGAAGGGCGAGCUUGCCCACCUCCAGAGCCCUCCCUCGACCCCUAGCCCUAACGUGACCGUCAACAGCAGAGACAACGUGGACAGCAACAAGUCCAAGCUGAGCCGCGUGUGCAGCAACAGCUCCACCUGCAACCUGAUGGCUAAGAAGCGCGUGAUUCGCAUGCUCCUGGUCAUCGUCUGUCUCUUCUUCCUAUGCUGGACGCCCGUGUUCGCCGUUAACGCCUGGCGGGCCUUCGACCGCCGUUCGGCCGACAAGCUCCUCUCGGGGGCGCCGAUAUCCUUCAUCCACCUGUUGUCGUACACCUCCGCUUGUGUCAACCCCAUUAUAUACUGCUUCAUGAAUAAGCGUUUCCGCCAAGGGAUUUUGUCCACCUUCACCUGCUGUAGCAGCCCCAAGGCCGGUGGAGUCGGGAGGGGGGCUGGGAGUAGGAUGGGGACGGGGAGAGGGGGAGGAAGAGGAGGGAUGAGGAGCAGAGAGGAGAAUGGGCACACGCCGCAGAGUGGUAAUAACACGCGCUUCACAUACAGUAGUAUCCGUGGCUCCGCCCAGGCUUAGCUUCCUUUCUCCAUCAUUGACCAAUCAGAAUGAGUAAGUGGUCAUGCAUACACACACACACACACACACUGUACAUUGAGCUUUCGGUCUCUGAUGAGGUCAUGCAUGCCUGCUUUCAACUUUUAAAGUCACCAUACUUGUGAAAGUGGACAUGUAUGUAUGAAGAGAAUCUCAGACAAUAGGUUGAUGAUAUACUUGGUGUCAUUACAAAGAAUGGACAAAUCAAACGAUGACAUGUUGACUACAUGAAAUGGAGAAAUGGAAUAAUCAGCCAAGGUUUUCAACAAGGAGAAGGUUAUGAAUUUAAAUAAGUAUCGGUAAAGAAACUACAUGGCCUGAGGAACGGUGGCACCUGAUAUACCUCUUUAUGAGGUACAGGAGCCUAAAUGCUUCUUUAAUAGGGACCGUGAGAAAACAUGGCUAGUUUAUGUCUACAGCCAUGAGGUCUACAUUCAAUGCUGUUCCUCCACAGACAUCCACCUCAAACACCCAUGAUGUGUACAAUCGUCACGGUGUCUCUUCACGUAAACCCCUCCUCCUCUCCUGAAUCACCCACGGGGAAAAGCAGCACCCUAGUUGUCUUGGUUUGACGUUGACCAGAUGAUCCCAGAGGAACGUCCAAGCAGCUUUUUCAGAGCCAUGUAAAGAUCUCCAUGAGCAUGUUGAACGGAUGAACCCUGGCUGACCCUUGUGUGUGUGUGUAUGUGUAUGUGUAUGUGUGUGUGUGUGUGUGUGUGUGUGUGUGUGUGUGUGUGUGUGUGUGUGUGUGUGUGUGUGU